AUGCACGCACCUCCUCCGCCUAAGAUCAACACUGCCACCCAUCGGGGAAGAGUGUAUAGACAACAUUCACCCUUCGCAACAAUGGCUGACGCACAAUUUGACAGCGCGCUCGAUCUCCUUCGGCGUUUGAAUCCCCGCGAUACAAAGACUAACCUUCAAGCCAUUACCUCGAUCGUCCCCGAGCUUACCGAAGACCUCCUUGCCUCGGUCGAUCAGCCCCUGGAGAUUCGCCGCUGUCCGCAGACAAACCGCGACUACCUGCUUUGUGAUUACAACCGUGACGGGGAUAGUUACCGCUCACCAUGGAGCAACGAGUUUGAUCCCCCACUCGAGGACGGUACGGUCCCAAGCGAACGGGUCCGCAAGCUUGAGAUCGCCGCAAACGAGUCAUUCGAUGUGUACCGCGAGCUGUACUAUGAGGGCGGCGUUGGAAGCGUGUACUUCUGGGAUUUGGAUGAUGGAUUUGCGGGUGUCAUCCUGUUGAAGAAGGGUGUCACCCCGGGCUCGCAGAGCUCCGGUGAAUGGGAUAGCAUUCACGUCUUCGAGGCCACCGACCGUGCUCGCAUGUGCCACUACAAACUCACCAGUACCGUCAUCCUCCAUCUAGCCAACAAGACCGAGGCCCUUGGCGAUAUGGACUUGAGCGGUAAUAUGACUCGCCAGGUGGAGGUUGAUCUGCCAGUAGAGUCGGACGCUAGCCACGUUGCCAAUGUCGGCAGACUGGUUGAGGACAUGGAAUUGAAGAUGCGCAAUCUGCUCCGUACGUCCCCAAUACUCUGUUGCCUCGUCGAACCUAUUGGGGUGUAUGCUAACACGGGAUUUCACAUGACAGAGGAAGUAUACUUCGGAAAAGCCAAGGAUGUUGUUGGUGAGCUUCGCAGCCUGGGACCGCUGUCUGAUGCGAACAGAGACCGCGAGACUCAGCGGGAAAUGAUUGCGUCCAUGCAGAAGUAG